ACAAACAAAAAUUGGGUAUAAAAGGCGCGGAUUUUGCCAUUUUCCUCAGACGUUCAUCGUUUUUCACCUCAUUCUUAACCCUAUUCACUCAACUAUGUCUUCUCUCUGCCCAUACACUGGCCGUCCAACCGGACUCUUCCGCGACUUCGAGGACAUGAUGCCAUACUGGGCUCAGCGUCACAGCAUGCUCAACAACUUCAACAACAUCGUGCCACAACAGCUCAACGAGGUCGAGAACACCGCCCAGAAGUUCUGUGUCAAGCUCGACGUCGCCGCGUUCAAGCCGGAAGAGUUGAAGGUCAAUCUUGAGGGACACGUUCUCACCAUUGAGGGACACCACGAGGUCAAGACCGAGCACGGGUUCAGCAAGAGAUCGUUCACUCGCCAGUUCACUCUUCCAAAGGACGUCGACUUGGCUCACAUCCACACCGUCAUCAACAAGGAAGGACAGAUGACCAUCGAUGCUCCAAAGACCGGCUCCAACACCACCGUUCGUGCUCUUCCAAUCCACACUUCUGCUGGACACGCUGUCACCCAGAAGCCAUCCAGCACCACCACCACCGGAAAGCACUAAAUUGCCCCCAACUUUCUAGAUUACAUACUGCCAGGACAAAAAUAAAGCUGUAAAAUGAGAAAAAAA